AUCACGUGAUUGGUUGCAUGACAACAGAGUGUAUAGUAGGUACUGUAUGUAGCAACAGUUGCUACACACGAAAUGAUGAAGAAGGGAAAGAGCAAGGGAAAGGGAAAAGGCAAAGGGAAAAAGGGUGGGAAGAAAAAGAAAGAUAAGAAAGACAAGAAGCCGAAGAGUGCAAAGGAAGUGCAGUACCGGGAGGCUAUAACCAACGCAAAGGUUUGGGAGGCACGUUUGGAAUCAACAGAGAAAUCUCGACUCGAAUACAGAGAGAAUGUCCGGAGGCUUGUCCAUGAGAACGAUGAUUUACAAAAGAAAAUGGCACAGAAUGAGAAAGACACUGUUGAGGUGCUGUCAUUUCUAAAGCGCGAGGACGUGGUUAAAGAUGAUCAGAUGUCCAAGUUGCAGCAGCAGCUGAAAGAUUUUAGGCGCGAAGGUCGUGUUGCUAUUGAAGCGACAGAGAGAAAGUUUGCAGUUCAGAUUGAAGCAAUGGAUGCAUCUCUUGUGCAAAAGGAUGAAGAGAUUGAAGCUCUGCAGGUAGAAUUGAAGCAGGUGAAACACUUUAGACAGAAUCGUGCUCAGAUGCAGAAACAAAUGGAGGAGUUGCAAAAUACAAUUGAUGAUUUGGAGUUGCAAAACAAGCAGUCAGUCAUGCAGCUAGAACAACGUUAUCUAGAGGAGAAAGCAAGACUUCAGCAAGAAGCAAGUAGAAAGGUGGAAGAGCUAGCGGCACAGGCUCAUGAUGAAGCUGUUCGGAAUUUGGAUGAGACAACAAAGUCUGUUUACAAGGAGAAUAUUUCUCUAAGUGAGGCUAUCACGUACCACACAACACAGAGUGAGCAACUACAAAGCAAGGUUGACACUUUGGCAAGCGAAAUUGCAUCACUGAAGGAUGAGAAGGAGCUCAAUGGAAUGCUAGUGCAAAAAAAAGUGGUUGAAUCCAAAAAGCACAAACGACAGAUCAAAGAGCUUCGUGAAAAGGUGGAGACGUUGGAACAGACACUGACUCAAGUGGUGAGAGAAUUUGAAGUGGAGAAGGAGAUCUUAAGACGACAGACAGAAGCUGAGUUGAAGAAUAGCAGAGACGAAAUUAGUCGUCUUCAACGUCAACUUGAAAUGAGAAACAAGGAAACGAAUCACAUUAAACUGCUAGCAAAAAACUUGCUUUUGCAGAGGUCAGAUGUUGAGACAUUUUUUCUUGAUGCACUAGAGCAUGUCAAAAAGGAAAUAUCUAUCAACAGAGCUGAAUAUCGCAAGCAUGCAUUAGUGGCUUAUCAGAAGAGUGUUGCUGCAGCUCAGCGAGGAGAGCAAGAGUUGCCAAGAGUGCGAACAUUUAGAUUACUAGAUCAAAGUACCAACAGUGUUUAUAAAGACUUGGAACAAGCGGAAAGCUGGAGUCAUGUAUCUAGUAAGGUAGAUGUUGGUGAUUUGACGUGGGAACAGAAGGAGCAACUUCUUCGAUUUCUCUUUGCGAAGAUGAAUGGUCAAGGGAAACAAAAAAGAAAAGCUGAGCAUUCUCAGCACAGUCUUGUGCCAUUGACUAAAGAUGAAGACAGAUCUGAGCAACAUGGUGAGAGCAUCAAAGAAGAACAGACUUUUAUUACUCAGCAAGGAGAAACCACUGCUGCAUCAACUGUUGUGUCUUAGCUGCGUUUCAAAGUGAUUUGGUGAAGAUGGAGUAGCAAAAUAGGACAAAGACAUCACAUUAUAUUUUGUACAUUAUAUCUGCAGAUACAACUUAAUUGUGGUAGAGAUGCUUAUUGUUGUCUUUAAGAAUCUCAAUCAAACCA